AUGGGAAGUUCUUACUGGCUCUGCAUCGAGAGGGAGGAGGGAGGUCCUCAUGGCACGACGCGUCUUGCCCUGCGAAAUGCGGGGUCAGCUCUGGGAGGUGGGGACCGUCCUGGGCUGGGGCUGCGUCGCAAAGCCAUCGACCAGCAGGUCCAUGCCAUCCUUCCCAUCGCCUCCAGCUGCUGCACCCAGGUUUCCCAGCACGUCCCCAGGCGGCUCCUGGAAAGAGUGAACGUGUGUCGCGUGCAGAGAGCCGAUGGGGACUGUGACCUGGCUGCCGUCAUCCUUCACAUCAAGCACAGAAGAAUCUGUGUCAGCCCGCACAGUCACACUAUCAAGCAGUGGAUGAAAAAACAAGCAGCCAAGAAAAAUGCCAAAGGCCACAUUUGCCACGUGAAGAAACAUCACAGCAAGAGGCACAGCAAAGGGGCGCGUCGGGGAGACAGGGCGCACAGCCACCGGGCUCCUCACUGGUGA